GCAGUUCAUCGGAUGUUGCAUGUAAAAUCAGUCGUUUUUAAAGCUAGAUUUUAUAAAAGUAGGAAAAUUUUUAAAUUAUAAUUUAACGUGCCAUAAAUUGAAGAUGGUUGACAUUAAAUUACAAGAUAUACAGAAAAAAAUUUGCAUAAUACAGCGUAUCAUAGAAAAAUGCGAAAAUGGUGGAGUUGAUGAUCAACCAGCAAGCUCGCGAUCUGACAGUUCAUCUUCGAUAGCACUUUAUUACAAGGCAGCUCAAUACACAGGGGAAAGCGUCAGUAUAUUAAAAAAUGCCAAUUCUUUUCCCAGAUACAAAGACAUUUGCGAUAAAAUUAAAGAGAAUGAGACGAAACGUACAUCAGCAAUCAAUUGCAGCAUAAUACACCAACUUAUGGUCGAGUACUACAUAACAAAGCGAAUACCUAUACAAAAGAGGCACGUGCCAGAACAGUUUGGCAAUUCUGAUGAUCUCAAGAAGAUUGGCUACAAAUGGCACGAUAUACCAGGGACGGAUAAGUGUAUAUUCAUAGAAGACCCCGAGCAACAAGCAAAGAGGAUGUAUUACUUGAUAAACAUGAAAAAGUUCAGGGAAGAGAAUAGACCAAUAAUUUACGUAACCCACAAAGUGUUAGAAGAGUCUGCUUUCAAUAAUAAAGACAGAGUCCAACACCAUGUUCUGAUUGCUGCUUCACUGCUGAUAGGAAUAAUUGAUUGCAGUGUGGUGUCGGUAGCGAAUCUUAAUAUAGCGGAAUGGAUUCAAUCAAUGGUUGUACCGCAUUUAACUGAAUCUUACGUGCUCGUUAUUGGAUCUGAGUUCCAGAAGGUUGAUGCUGCUUACUUAGCGGUACCAAAGCCUGGAGAUAACACCGCCACAAUGAAAUCAUGGUUGGAGAAGAACAGAAUAAGCUUUAACUCAUCAAUGUGCAGGGCAGAAUUAUACGAACUUAUAGAAAGACACAAUCAUGCGGUGUUCCCAAGUGAAGACAUAUAUAAACAAGAUGAAAUUCUGAAAGCGAACGGUGUAGAAGUGUUGCGUAGACCCAAUUGGGAUAAGCUGGACUACUUUCAAUUUUUUUGGAAGGAUUUUAUAAAAUACAGAACUACCUUCCAUAAAUGUAAUUUUGAAAAAGGCAUUAAAGAGUUUAUCAAAUCGUACAAACUGGAUGUAUGGCAGCAAUUCAAUCAAAUCGUAGCGCAGAUAGAACAGUCAAUUUAUGAAGAAGAUAUGCUUCUGGAGGAGGUUAUAGACAAAUUGUUAUCGCAAGCUAUAUACCACAAGUUGGAUAGCGAUUUGGAGUUUUCAUCGCGAGCUGAAGUUAAGACUUUUGAUCCUUACGAGUAUGAUUUUAUAAUGUAAAGUAAAUUUGUUUUACUUUUGUAAUAUUUGAUAUUAAAAAACACAUUAAAGUA